AUCCGCCUCUUCCUUUCUGUGCUGCAGGUUUUAGUGGAUCAAGAAAGAUUCGUUUCAGUCCCUUCAGCCUCUGGCAGGUCACCACUUCAGUUUAGGAGUUUACAAAUGAUGGACAGCUGCAGGGGCAUGUCCUCCUUUCUCAACCGAUCCAGAUGUGUCAGCCGGUGUGUGGACUCUGCAGAGUCACCAACACCUGCAACUACAGCUCGGACAGCAACAGCCGCCCCAGAAGAAUCUUCACACCAAAACCAUCAGCCGGCUGGUUCAGGAUCAAUCCCACUUCUCCUUCUGUCACCACCAGAAACCAGUGGAGGAGAAACAAACCCAACAUUUUCUAUUAAACGCCCACAGCCAACCUACACAAAGAGGAGCCAUCACGAGGCCUUCAGACGUUCCCAUCCCUCACGGUUGAACCCACACUCCAGCUCUGCUGAAGAUGGUGACGGCGAGGAGGGAAGGAAGAGGAACGGAGAGGACUUGUCUCUUCAGCAUCCCAAGAACAAAACCUUCCUCCUUCCCAGGAGCAGUCCGGUCAUCUCCAGACGCCACAGGCCCAUCUCCUGGCAUGGAGGGGGUACUAACGCAUCUGCAUCAUCAAGCUCGGACUCCCAGCCUCCUGCUUCUUCUGGUUCGCUGUCUCUGGAUCAGUGCCCCACAGUGACCAGUACGGAGGAUCUGGGAUCUGAACCGAGCUCCUGUCACCACCACCCGUCCCCUCUCCAGGAGAAGGAGAAGCCGCGUCCCAUCUCUGCUUCGUCGCACCUGAACCGUCUCAGCACCGGUCUCCAGCUUCUCUUCAGUGGACAGCAGGGAUUGGCUGAGGAGCACAGAGGCCCCAGAGGCCUCUCUACCUCAACACAACACAGCCAUGAGAAAAGGUGCAGUGGUGUCCCAGAAUUCUCUGCAGACAUCUUUAAGACCAGUUGUGAGCUGGAAAAGGAGAACGCUCAUUUCAUUGUGGUGGACAUGAUGCUGGAGGUGCUGGAAGGUGUGAAGUGGACUCUGCGCUCUGAUCGACAGAUGUCCACGAUGGACACACACUGCAGCAUGUGCACGCACAGACACACGAGCUCGACAGAGGACACGCCGCCACGUGAACAGAGAUGUAAAACAUCACAAGCUCGUGAUCCUAAACAAGAGACUAACAAGACAUCACAUAGAAACACACACUCCUCUUAUGUACGCACACGCCGGCGCACACAGGAUGAAGAGGAGGAGGAAGAUGCAGGGAAGGACGAGGCUGAACAUCAGCGAAAGACUUUCUCCGUCCUCUCCACUGACAGUGGAUUUGAAGAGUUGGGAGUCGACACCACGCUGACACCGAGAGAUUCUCCCAGAAAUGCAGAGUGUCUGGCCCAGCAGCUGGUGCUGGAGUUCAGGAGGAGCUGGCUUCCUUCCCAGCCUCGGCGUGGGCGGCUAAGCCUCCGUAGUUCACUGCAGGAGUUGCCAGGUACUGGGAGUGUGGCGGUGAGCAGCAGCAGCCUGGCAGAGGAGAUCAGACUGAGGACCAGGAUGAGAGGCUCCCUGAGCUGGGCCCCGCCACGCUUCCAGAUCAUCUUCACUGUUCAGCCAACCCACAGACGCAGUGAGGUGGUGGCUCUGCAGCACUUCCUGUGUGCAGGCUGUGGGACGGAGGUGGAGCCCAGGUACAUCAAGAAACUGCGCUAUUGUGAAUAUCUUGGCAGAUAUUUCUGUGACUGCUGCCACAGCGGCUCUGAAGCUGUGAUUCCUGGUCGACUUCUGUCCUGCUGGGACUCUGGCAGAUACCCUGUGAGUGAUUUCUCCAAACAGCUGCUGGAUUCUGUUUGGCAUCAGCCUCUGUUUGACCUGACCUGCGUCGGUAAGACUCUCUACAGCAGAGCCAAGGAGCUGGACAAGUUCAGGGAGCUCCAGGAACAGCUGAUGGACAUCAAGAAGCUGCUGAAAGCCUGCAGGUUAUCUGGAAGGGUGAACGCCGAGUUCGAACAGCUUCCUGCUCACCUGAUGAAGCAGCCACACCUCUUCUCCAUGGAUGACCUCUUGAGGAUGAAGAAGGGUCAGCUCGUGUCGCAGGCCAGAGCCGUGCUGCACUCUGCUAUCAAUCAUGUUGAAAACUGUGAGUUGUGUCUGGCCCGAGGUUUUAUCUGUGAGUUCUGCAGAGAAAGAGACAUCAUCUUUCCUUUUCAGAGGGACAUAUGUAGGCGAUGUCCAGUGUGCAAGGCCUGCUUUCACAAAAACUGUUUUGUGGAAAAGAGGUGUCCGAAAUGUGCACGGAUCCAAUCACGGAAGAAACGUCCAGAUCGAUCCAUUAAGUAACAUCUGAAUGGCUGCAGCUCAGCACCACCCUUUAUGAUUCAGCUACGUCACCUUUUCCACAGUUUCACAUAAAAUGCAAUUUUCCUCUGAGUGCUUACCAAAAUAAUAUCAUCAUUUCUAAAAUAGGGAAUACAAUUUGUUUGAUUCAAUCUCAAAUAGUUCAUGUUAUGGAAAUUAAGAGAGUGAUUCUUUACCUCAAGCCACAAUACACCUCUGUGCAAAACCAUU